AUGGAGAGUGGACAGAGAGUGUCCCGCAAAGGCCGAAAGUUGGGCUCCAGCCGCCGGCGACAGACUCGGGAGCCAGCCGAUGGCGAGGAUGCGCCUGUGGUCCCAGAGCCAGACUCCUGGUCUUCUCAGACAGCUGCAGAACUGCAGGGCUUCUUCCAGGACUGUGGUGCCAUGGAGAGGGGCUUCAUCACCCGCAAUGACCUGGCGAUGGCCAAGUUCAGCUUCCUGAGCAGCGAGGAGGAGCCAGAGAUGAUCUUUGACUGGGUGGACACGGAGCGGAAGGGACAUCUCUCCCUGGAAGAAUUCAGCACUGGGCUCAGGAACAUCUUUGGCUCCAACCCCAGUACCCACAGGCUUCGCAGAAGGAAGCCAACCUCCUCCAAGCGAGGAUCCAUGACCACCAGCCUCCCAGUGCUGGAGGAGGCCAAUCUCCAGGAGAAGGAACAGUUCUUUGCCUUCAUGGAGCAGCUGGGGCCCAGCCACUUACUCCCUGAGCAGGCAGAGAUCUGGCAGCUCUGGGGGAAGCUGCGGCAGGAGGAGCCCCAGCAGGCUGGCAACCUGGAGGGCUUUCUGGCCAAGAUGAACAGCCGCCUGCAGGAGGUGCGGGCCGACAAGGAGGUUCUGGAGCUGACAUUGAGGAAGCGGGAUGCCGACCACCAGCGCGAGGUCCAGCAGCUUUAUGAGGAGAUGGAGCAGCAGAUCAGUCAAGAGAAGCAGCAACUGCAGGCUGAGAGCCACUCGCGGAGCCUGGCCCUCGACUCCCAGAUGCAAGAGGCCCUGGAGGCCAAGGAACGUGAGGUGCAGCAGCUGGCUGAGGGCCAGAGGGAGCUGGAGGCCCAGCUCCACAGCCUCAGCAGCACAAACCUGGAGGCCAACUCCGAGAAUCAGCAGCUUCGAGAGGCUGAGCGGGACCUGGUGGGGCAGCUGGAGGAAGUGCAAGGGCAGUUGCGGGAGACCAGGGGGCACCUGCGUGCCGCCAGGGGACUUGUGUCCUGGGACACGGAAGAGGAACCGAGCAUCCCCAGAGCAGGUGAGAAGGCUCUGGACCCUCAGACAGUCUCCCCUGAGGAGGCCCCUCUGCCAGGGCUGUUUGGGGACAACGAUGAUUGGGACCAUCUCCUGAGCAGAUUCAGCAGCCCCCCACACAGAGGCCUGCAGAUCUCCUGGAGCCCACCCCCAACCCCGAGUUCCUACUCAGGCCCUCAAACGCCCCGAGUGGUCAGGCAGAUCUCCAUCUCAGAGCCACAGUUUUUGUUUAGUCAGGAGCCAUCCUCAGAUCCAGAUGGGGCUCCAGGGAGCCUCCCCAGGGUGCCUUCCAGAGCCAACAGAGGGAAAGGAGUGGACCCAGAUGGGCAGGACACCCGCCUAGAACAGCCUGUUGAGCCUCACAGUCUGGAACCUAAGGAGGAAUCAGGGUUUGGUACUGAGACCCACUUCCGCUGGGGUCUCCCUGGGGCCCCAAAUGAGGAGUCAGGCGGCCUGGUGGCAGCAGCACUCAAAGUGCUUGUUCCUUUGGAGGAGGGGCACCCUCCCCAUGUGAACCCAACUGGGCCCAGAGAACAUCUCCAGGCCUCAAACCCAGAUGACAAGGGCCUUAGCCCUGGGCCUAUCCCUGCCAAACCACCCAGACAAAGAGAGGCCCUCUAUCAGGACCCACACACUGCUGGCUCUGAGCCAGGGCUGGGGUCCCCAGGAGCCCGAGCUCUCACACCAGGGCUGGCUGAGCCCUCCCAGGGUCCCACAGAGAGAUCCAAGCAGCACAAGCCAGGUCCAGAUGUGCUGGCGGCCCACCCUGAGGGAAUAAGAGAAGCUCAUGGCCAGAUCCUCAGGCCAGAUGGGCUGGCAGCCCUCCCCAGCCAGGGUCUGGAAAAGAAGCCCAGGGCUGAGAGGAAAGGAGUGGAUGGGGGAGGGCCGGGUCUCAGUUUAGAGCAGGCAGGAGAGACUUCUGGCCUGAGAACUGGGCAUCUAGAACGCCCCCAGCAAGAUGCCAUGGCUGCUCCUCCCCCAUCUGAUGCACCACAGACUCAGGCUGAAGCUGAAAGCCCUGCUCCUGGAAAAUCUUCACCCCUCAGGAGCCCUCCCCCCAAAAGGGCCCAGCCUGAAGAUGGAGCAGGUCCCUUGGCAUCCACAGAUAACCUCCCCACUGUGGCCAAGCUGAAAGCCCAGCCAAGAUCCCCACCUACAACUUCUCACAGAGAAGGAGAACAAGGUUCCCCUCAAUCCAGAGAGCAAGGGGCAGAGAACAGGCCUGAAGACCCAGGAACAGACUCUGGAAAGACUGAGCCGACCCCAUCCCCAGAAACCCUCACAGCCAGUAAGCCUCCGGCCGACCCUGAUUACGUCUUCCACGUCAUCUUCCUGGGAGACUCGAAUGUGGGCAAAACAUCCUUCCUGCACCUGCUGCACCAGAACUCUUUCGCCACUGGUCUGACAGCUACUGUAGGAGUGGAUUUUCGAGUCAAAACUUUGCUGGUGGACAACAAGUGCUUUGCACUGCAGCUCUGGGACACAGCUGGCCAGGAGAGGUAUCACAGUGUGACCCGGCAGCUGUUCCAUAAGGCUGAUGGCGUGGUGCUCAUGUACGACGUCACCUCCCAGGAGAGCUUUGCCCAUGUGCGCUAUUGGCUGGACUGCCUGCAGGAUGCAGGGUCUGAAGGGGUGGUCAUCCUCCUCCUGGGAAACAAGACAGACUGUGAAGAGGCACGGCAGGUGCCCACUAAAGCAGGACAGCAACUGGCGCAGGAGCUGGGUGUCUCCUUUGCAGAGUGCAGUGCUGCCCUGGGUCACAACAUCCUGGAGCCCAUGAUGAACCUGGCCCGAGGCCUAGCAGGCACCAACACCUCUGCCCUGUGGGCCAGUGAGCUAAUGAGGCAGUCCCGGGAACGAGACUGA